GCUUCCCCCUCCACGCUGCAGAUAAUUUUUGGAUAACAUUUUACGGCUCCCCUUCCUCCCAACUCCGCCCUUCCAAAUCGCAGCUGAAAGUUGCGUCCAUGGCCUCAGCAGCAGUCUUUCCGAAGCUUCAGCUUGGUCCAAGAUGCCACGCCUACUCCCAGCUUCAGGUGACUGAGCCGAUUCAUAUCCACAUAAAGAUUGGUGAUGCUUUCAAGUGUCCCAGGCCCGCCCGACGGUUGCUCGUUUCUGAUGGAAGAAGUGUGAGACACACAUUCCUGCCCGUGUCGGCGGCUCGAUCAGGUCGGAGUUCAUCAGUUGCUUCAGAAGAGAAGACGGGCCUGUUGUUGGAUAGCUUCAAGACAUCCGUUGUCUCGCGCAAUGACGAAAAUAUCAAUUUAAGAAUUGACUUGCCUGGUAAGGUAACACAGAAGGUGUUCGAUCAAGCUCUGGCAAGCUUGGCUCGUGAUGCACCGCCAGUUCCAGGUUUCAGAAGGUCCAAAGGAGGGAAAACAUCAAAUAUACCAAGCAGCAUUCUCCUGGCCAUGCUCGGCAAAAGCCGGGUCACCAAGUUCAUCCUUCAAGAAAUACUCAGCGUCACCGUCGGAGACUUUGUCAAGAAGGAAAGUCUGACGGUGAACCCUGAAAUCGCAACAACCCAAUCAGAAGGUGACCUUGAGUCGUCGUUUACGCCGGGUUCCUCGUUCGGGUUCAAUGUGAUCCUGCAGCUUGAGAAGGAAGCUGACUCUGACGACGCUAUUGAUGUGGAGGCAUCCGACUCUAAAGACGCUCCUGAUGUGGAGCACUCCGACUCUGAAGAGGCUACUGAAGAUGAGCCGGCCUCCACAUAGUUUAGAGAACAAAGGGUGAUGUGUGCUGCUGCACACCUUGUAUGAUCCAUGUGUACUCGUAGGAGAAUGUACUGUACUUCAGAAGAGCUGAGCAAACAAUUUUGAGAUAAGACAUUAGAGCUGAUCUGCAA